UAACGGCCUUCAGAUAACAGUUAGUAUAUUAAGCGCUAAUUUUGUAGAAAUUUGAUCAUUGAUUUUAUGUCUAACUUUUUGUAAAGUUAAUUCAAGUCAAUAAAUAUCAAGUCAAACAAAAUGCCGAUCGAUUAUUACGGAACUAAAAUGAGUGCCCCGUGUAGGUCAGUGCUUAUGACGGCCCGACACCUCAACAUUCAGCUCAACCAUAAAGCAUUGGACUUGUCUACAGGAGAACACUUAAAGCCUGAAUUUCUAAAGUUAAACCCGGCUCAUACCAUUCCAACUAUAGUGGAUAAUGGCUUUUCAUUGUGGGAAAGUAGAGCAAUCAUACAAUACCUAUGCAAUCAAUACGCACCGGACAACUCUCUGUAUCCAAAAGAUGCCAAACAAAGAGCAUUAGUAGAUCGAUGUCUUAAUAUUGACUUCAAUUUGGCUUCUCAGCAAAGACUUGCUAUGUACCCUAAGCUUGUGGGUGCACCGGUUGAUGAGGAUAAGGCAACUGCCUAUAAAAAUACACUGAAAACAAUCGACAGUGUCAUCGGAUCCAACAAAUACUUUGCCGGCAAUACAUUGACGAUCGCUGACUUGUCUCUGUUGUCCACUUCAGUAGCACACGAAUGGGCUGACUAUGACUUGARUGAUGUUCCCAAUUAUAAGAGAUGGUCGACACAACUAAAAGCCGAACUUCCCUAUUAUAAAGACAUCAAUGAUAUACCCAAAGCUGAAAGGGAUGCCAUGUUUGAGAAAUACAGAGCCAGAUUGGCUCCACCGAUCUGUGCAWUGGGUGUGAUAUUUGUCGCCAAUUUGUGUCAGUAUUUGAUCCGUAUAUUUUUGACAAAUAAUUUUAAAUCUGUAAAAAUGUCAAUUGAUAUUUACUCGUUUAAAAUGAGUCCAUUUUGUCGGUCAGUACUAAUGUUGGGCCGAGAGCUCAACAUUGACCUAAACGUGAUUGAGACAGAUCCCGGUGCCGGACAACAGUUUAACGAAACAUUUCUUAAGCUAAAUCCAAUUCAUAGUUUACCUACAAUUAUUGAUAAUGGAUUUGUUUUAUGGGAAAGUAGGGCUAUACUGCAAUAUCUGGCCAAUAAAUACCAACCGGACGGCACUCUCUAUCCAAAAGAUCCCAAAAAGCGGGCAAUAAUUGACAGAUGGCUUAACUUUGAUAUGAGUCUCUUAACCACCGUAUCUAGAGUUUCGUAUUCUAAGACAUUUCUCGGUGUUGACCCGACACCCGAAAACUUGACUGCACUUCAAAAUAACUUAAAAAUAAUGAACCAAUUGAUCGGUGACAACAAGUUUCUAACUGGAGAUAAUCUAACGAUUGCUGACUUGGCAUUAGUGGUCACAACAUUUCCGCUAACGUUUUCCGGCUAUGAUUUGACUGACUAUCCAAACCUGAAUCGAUGGCUGACAUCAUUGCCCACAGAAUUACCAUAUUUUGGUGAAAUUAAUAAUUUCAGUCCGGAAUCAAUGCUAGAGUGGGCACAAAAAAGUCAGGACUAUAUUAAGCGCAAACUUCAAAGUUUUUAAAUUUAACUAUAAUAUCAAUUUUAAUUAUCAAUAUUUUUUGUUUCAUUUACCGUAAUAUCAAUACUGUAAACUAAAAAUAUUACGUUUAU